CCGUGCUUAAUGCUGAUGCUAUAUCCAAACCCCCUCAAAAUUAAUAUCUGGGUUGAGAGUUUAACCUAUGUCUGUAGCCCUUGUGUAUAGUCUCCAUCAACCGCUGAAGUCGGAUUUGAAUUACAUGACCCCUCGGCUUCCAUACUUUCCUUUGCCCCAAGUCCAUCCCUUGCCCUGCAUUGGCUUGUUGGGCUAUACCCGCUGACUCCCAAUCCUACUACGUCGAUUGCAGCAGUUAUUUCUGGAGUGAACCAAGCCAGCUAAGCGGUACCUGUUGGCCCACUCUCUCUACUUGCGGCUAUCCCGUGCAGAACAGACUUGUUCUACCCUUACACCACAACAUGACCGAUGAUGCCCUAGACCGACCACAUACUGCGUCGCCUAGGCUUCCCGGCAUUACGUCCUCCGCUAGUCCAUCGGCAGGAACGGGUUCGAGGGGUGGUCACGAGGCGGGCUUCGUACAGCCAUCUUCCUAUCUCCGACCCCGCGCUGUGUCUCGUCCAAUGUCUCCCGCUCAACCAGAGCGAGCUGUCGACCGCGAUGAAAGAUUGGCGCUGCGUGAAAUCCGAAAAUUCCUCAAAGUCCGUACCAGCUAUGACGUCCUGCCUCUUAGCUUCCGCCUAAUUGUCUUUGACACCGCCCUCUCAGUGAAGGAGAGUCUCAACAUUUUGACGCAGAAUGGAAUUGUAUCUGCUCCAUUAUGGGAUUCCACGACCUCAACGUUUGCUGGGUUACUCACCACAUCGGACUACAUCAACGUCAUUCAGUACUACUUCCAGUAUCCAGCUGCGUUAGCGAAAAUAGACCAGUUCCGCCUGAACAGCCUGCGUGAAGUUGAGAGAGCGUUGGGCGUUGCUCCACCAGAAACUGUUUCUAUUGACCCCGAACGACCCCUGUAUGAAGCGUGCCGGCGUAUGCUCUCUUCCAGAGCACGCAGAAUACCUUUGGUGUCGUACGAUUCUCAAACCGAAAGACCCCUGGUAGUUAGCGUAAUAACGCAAUACCGCAUUCUAAAGUUUGUAGCUGUGAACGUUAGUGAAACGCAAAAGUUACGAAAACCUUUGAGAGAAAUAAAUCUCGGGACAUAUAAUGACAUUGUUACUGCCACCAUGGACACACCUGUCAUUGACGUGAUCCACAAAUUGGUUGAGCGUAGCAUAUCCAGCGUUCCAAUCAUUAACUCUGAAGGCGUUGUAUACAAUGUUUUCGAAGCGGUUGACGUCAUAACACUGAUCAAGGGGGGUGUUUACGAUAACCUUAAUCUUGGAGUCGGCGAGGCUUUGAAAAAGCGUCCAGUUGGUUUCCCCGGAAUCUACACAUGCUCACCAGAUGAUGGUCUCGACACCAUACUUGACACAAUUCGUCGGUCACGAGUACAUCGUUUGAUCGUCGUGGAUGAAAAUUUCCGCCUCAAAGGCGUUCUCACAUUGAGCGACAUAUUACGCUAUAUCCUUCUAGAAGGCGAACCAGACGAAGCAUGAUUGAAGAAACAAUCAAACUAGAAAAAGAACAAAUCCCUUCAAAUAUGCAUGGGCGCUAGCGUUAUAUCCUUUUUACCCCUUGGGCUUUCGUUCUUUUUUUUUUAACACUGGGAUGGAGUUUGGAAGGCAAAAAUAAACCCAUGCGUUGCCUAGGAUCUAGUCGUUGGCUUAUAGCUUCGCUAUUCGCUAUUACUCCAGCUCUCCUUAGGGUGCAUAACCGGCCUAGAUAUGGAUUUAUUAACGAUUCCUGGCUAUUUUGGCAUCUCACUUUUGCGUUCUUUGUUUUGGGUUUCUAUUGGAAGCAUCGGCGUUUAUUUCUGGAAUAGAGCGGUCGAUACAUCUUCCCUAUGUCAGCUCGAUCAUCGUUUAUACAGUGAAUGGCAGCCCCUUUAGCUAUGUCGAUUUACCUCCACCCACCCCCCCAAGUUAAUUUUCAUUCUUCCCAUUGCUCAAUGAUUUUAUUAUGGCUGAUGAAUGCAGAGAAAUGACAGCAGUCGCCUAAAUCUGGCAUCUUGUUUUUAUUCAUGUUGCUUGUGUUUUAUCUUCUUUUCUUUACUUUGUGAAGUGAUAAUCGGUAUGAUUUUUCACGCUACCCUUUGAUUGUUUUCACGUUCAACCAAACUCCGUCUUCCAUGGUUAUCAGACCGACCACUCACCAAACGGAUUUCCACGCACAAAUACUUCUUUGCUGAGUCUCUAUUGGGUCGCUUCAAAUAAUGCUACUGGCGUGGACGGUUGUUCCUUCCCUCCCUAUGGUCGCUCUUGCCCCCGCCCCAAGGCUGUUAACAGACGCGUUUGCAUUUAUAUUGUUGCUGCAUAUCUCCUCCUAAACCCUGUCAAUCAU